AUGGCACCCGCAGCCGUCACAGCGGAGCAGUACCCGCCAUCCCUCAAACAGGCCGAGCAGGAUGAUCUCGUCCAGACCAUCAAGGACUGGUCGAUCGGGCAUGGCCUUGCCGUGCGGCCCCAGCCGUCCGUUGUCUCGAGCGACGUCGACCCCAAGAGCAUGCUCGCCAUCAAUGUGCCUGUUACGCUUUUCCCGAGCCCCUUCCCCAGGCAAUGCUUUGAGCAGGCGAGGACGGUGCAGAAGACGUACAACGAGCUCUAUGCUGCCAUCAGCAGGGACGAGGAGUUCCUCGCUGAUGCCGUGAAGGAGGUCCGAGACGGAGAUGAGUUUACGACGAGCCUGUGGGACAUUCACCUCAAGGUCAAGGAGGAAGGCUACACGCAAAACCUGUCCCUUGGCCUCUUCAGGUCAGACUACCUGGUGCACCAGGAUGAAGAAGGCCAGCGCCAAGUGAAGCAGGUCGAGUUCAACACGAUCGCAGCCUCUUUUGGCGGCCUGUCAUCCCAGACGAGCCUGCUGCACAAAUUUUUGGCCUCUGCCGAAUACCCCCUCCUCGAGAAAGCCAUCCCUACAGGCACGCUCGAUCUGCCGGAGAACGACAGCGCCAGGGGCCUCGCGGCAGGUAUACGCGCGGCGCACGAUGCGUACGGCGAAUCCGAGCUCGGCCAUGAGCGCUGCGUCCUCUUCAUCGUGCAAGACGGCGAGCGCAACGUCUUUGACCAGCGCCACAUCGAGUACGCGCUGACAGAGACGGCAUGGCCGAUCCGCGUCUUCCGGCUGCCGUCGUCGCAGAUCCUGCAGCACACGACGGUUGCCGACACGGCCAAGCGCCAGCUCCUCUACCACCUGCCCCGCAACCCAUCGCAGCUCUUCGAGGUGUCGGUCGCGUACCUCCGUUUCGGCUACGGGCCGGACGACUACCCCGACCAGCGGGCGUGGGACGCGCGCCACCACCUCGAGAGGUCGGCGGCCAUCAAGUGCCCCACGAUCCUCAGCCAGGUGGCCGGCACGAAGAAGGUGCAGCAGGUGCUCGCGACGCCGCCGCCGCCGCCGCCGCCUUUUGUCGCCAACGUCAUCUUGCGCAACGGCGCGCUCGAGGCCGGCGGCGUCGUCUGCGAGCUCGGCAUCUACGGCACGUGUCUGUGGGACCAGGCGACGGGCGCCGUCCUGCGCAACGAGGAGGCCGGCUGCCUGCUGCGCACCAAGGGGGACACGAGCAACGAGGGCGGCGUGGCGGCGGGGUUUGGGUGCAUGGACAGCCCGAGCUUGGUGUAG